AUCUGUGGUGUUACAAUUUGUAAGUCAUUGGAAUAGUUGAAAGGAGUCUUUUCUCCGGUUAUAUUAUAUUAAUUACUUGUAACUUUAGUUUCUUAUUGAAAUAGCAUUAAUAUAAAAAUGGCUUCAAUAGUGGAUAAUUUAAUAGAAAUGGGUUUCACAAAGGAAAAAGCAGAAUUGGCUGUUUCUCGAUGUGGUUCGAAUAACAUUGAAACCAUUAUGGAUUGGAUAUUGAGUCACGAAGAUGAGCUAGAAGGAAUUUCUGCUACCUCUUCGCAAAAUCAAUCUGCCCCCAUCCAACCGGAAUCAGAUACUAGCAAUCCUAUAACAGAUACCGAAGGUGGUGAAAAGUCUGAGGAUUUAGUUGUAAGAUCUAUUAAAUGUAAUGACUGUGGAAAAUUGUUCCAAACACAGGAUGAAGUGUCUUUUCACGCAGUAAAAUCAGGUCAUGGCAAUUUUUCGGAGUCAGUAGAAGAGAAAAAACCUAUGACAGACGUUGAGAAAAAAGAACAAUUAAUGAAAAUUGAAGCUAAAUUAAAACAAAGAAGGUUGGAGAGAGAAGCUAAAGAAAAAGAGGAGGAAUUAGAAAAAGAAAGGAAUAGAAUACGGUCAGGAAAAGAAUUAUUAGAAGCUAAAAAGAAACAUGAUGAACUAGAAAUGAAAAAAAUACUUGAUCAAAGAAGAAGGGAAAAAGAAGAAGAGCGAAUUGCUAGGCAGAGAGUCAAGGAACAGAUAGAACAAGAUAAAUUAGCUAGAAAGGCAAAAUUCUCUGGUAAACCUAUGGAAGAAGCAACACCAAAACCAGUUAUUUCUGCAGUUCCUUCAACUAGGUCCUCUACAAAUUACACAGAAGUCAGAUUACAAAUUCGUCUUACGAAUGGCAGUGCACUUACUCAAACUUUUCAAGCAAAAGAACCUCUAUCAGCUGUUAGAUUGUAUGUUGAAAUGAAUAGAAAUGAUGGAGAGGGUCCUUUUAAUCUCAUGACGAAUUUUCCUAAAAAGGUUUUUUCUCCAGAAGAUUAUGAGAAACCACUUGAAACAUUGGGUCUGGCACCAUCAGCUGUUUUGAUUGUCUCUAAAUCCCUGUAACUCGGCAGUUUUUUCAGUGAUUUAUGAUUGCUUUUUCUUCACUAUAUUUACAAUAGUAUGAUACAUAAUAAAAAUUUUCACUUAAAUAUAACAGGAUGAUUUUCAAUACACAUCUUUUAGAAUGA